AUUCCAAUAUCGUACUCCAAUUCCAUUAGUCCAUUUCAAAAACUCGCAAGUCGCAACGGUCGUCCUCGUCCCCUUUCAUAUACCUAAAAUCUUCUCCUUAACUAUCUUUUGAUUGUACCUACAAAUGGCGAAAUCUCACGGAAAUGCUCAAAACCCCAUUGAAUUAGAAGAAGAUGACUAUACUGAAAUGGAAGAUUCCGAUUACGAUGAAUUUGAUUCAGAUGAUUCUGAAGAAGACCCUUCCUACAUUCAUGCUCUUGAUAAAGCUCAAUCCAAUUUCAUCAAUCUAUCAGUCAAUUCAAGAGAUGAUGAUGAGAUCUCAGUUACGGAGGAAACGAGUGCGCCGAAGCUUGGAAUCAAAGAUAUUAAGGAUCUUGAGGAAAUUCAGAAAGUUAUUGACGGUGGGCUGGUAGAGAAAUUGAAGGUGGAACAAUGUAAGGUGUAUUUGAGGAAACAUGGGUUGAGAUUGACUGGGAAGAAAGACACCCUUAUUCAAAGAAUUAAGGAGCAUUCAGAGAUUCUAAAUGGGGGAGGAGAAAAAAAGUACCCACCAUCAAGCUUUGUGUUGAACUGCAAGGGUGAUGCCUGUAUGGGGGACAUUGUGAUGUUUGAACAAACUGUUUAUGAAGGGUUCAGUAUCGUCUCAAGGAGUGCUACUGGCCCUCCAUGCGGUAAAAGAAUAGUUGCUGGUCGUAUUGUGAAAGAAAGUUAUGGUGCUGCCAAGCAGCAGCAUACAUUUACUGUUGAAGUUUUAUGGAGUAAAGGCCAAAAACCACUGCCUCCACUUCAUCCCCUUCUAAUUAAGGGCAGAAACCUCUACAGAUUAAACACAUUGAGGCAGAGAUGGGAAGACGAAUCUGAAAGACAGCGAGUUUUGAACGAAAAGCACAGCAGGGGUAAUGCAGCUCGCUCAAAUAGAGAAGUCCGAAUUCAGAAAAAGAUAUCCAGGAAGGAACUCAAAGGCACCAGAAAUGCAACAGAUCAUAUCUCCAACCAUGAUUCAAGAAAUGUAGAAAGCAAGGCUCAGAAGAAACAAACAGUGGUAAAGAAAACACAACAGCAGCAGCAGCAGCAGCAGCAGCAAAUUAAAGUAGAUAAAGAGAAUUUAUAUGCAGGGUUACCUAUGUUACAGCCAUCCCAGCAGAAUAAACCAAGCAUGCCACCUUCUGAUUUACACCGAGUGCCAACUUCACGAGUGUGCUUUGCAUUCAAAGAUCAAAAUUCAUCUCUAUCUCACCAUGGCCCUCCACAACUUCAGCAUAGCAGACCACAGUUACAACAACAUUCAAGACAACAGUAUUAUAUGGAGUACAACAAGAAUUCUGUUCAACCACCUAACUCAUUCCAGCAGAAAGCAUCAAGCACAUCAACCUGCAACUUCAGUCAGAGGCCAAUGUCACGUUUUUCUGAAAAUGAGAGCUUCAUAACUUCUGCCCACUAUAUUAUGGCGUUAUCAAAUAAUUAUCAGCACCCUCAGCACGGUCAAAAUCAUCAGCAGCAGCUGUGUCGUCACUAUCCUAAAGGCAGGUGCUACUAUGGUACUCGCUGCAAGUUUUUGCACGUGUCUGAUAGGAACUAAUGUUGAAUUUACUGGAACUAUGAUAAAUUGUAUCUGGUAUGAAAUUCGGCUUGAGUUACAUUUUGAUGGGAUUCCUCUCCCUACAUUUUGAUAUAUCAACUGAAUGUUUCCAACUUUCAAAGAAAAGAGUUACUGUGUAAAGCAUGACCAAGUUUUUCUGUAAAUAUUUCAACCAUAA